UGGCUUCGCGAGCCACCUUUCCUCAGUCUUUCACGUCCCGAGCGACCGGUCGCACACAGUCGAGACGACAGACGUACGUUCCGUUCGCCGGUUCGCGAGUACACUCGCGUGCCUUUGCCUUCGAAAAAGAGAAUCCGACUCAACGCGAAGGGUGUAGCAUCACGAUUCGACGAUGCGUCCGCGAUCGUAGCUCUUGCUGGUGCCAAAACACCAGGAGGUCGUAAGGGUGGUUGGUGCGUGGACCUGCCUAGGAAAGGGAACAGAAGACGAGGGAAGAGAGGCGAUAAUAAUAUGAGGCUCCUCUGCGUGGUGAUCACCAUCGCAAGUGCAGCGUUUCUCUUGACUAUCGUUGAUGGUACACGCGACAAUCGGGGCAAUAAAGUGUCGAAGCGAGCGAAGCCGCUCGAUCCCGACGAAGAUGAUUAUUAUUACGACGAUCCGGUGGACGAGAGAAACAAUCCGACCAACGAAGCGCCAGCCGUGCCACCCGGAUUCCUGAGCCCGUCUGUACGCGAAUAUCUCGAUCUCGGUAAAUCGAUACCCGGUCGACCAGGCACGGAUUAUCCGGUGUUGGGGAAGGUGCCCUACACGAAUUUCUACUGCGACGACCAGUCCUUCCCCGGCUUCUUCGCCGACGUGGAGACGCGAUGCCAGGCGUGGCAUUAUUGCGACAUAGACGGCCGACAGGCAACGUUUCUCUGCCCGAACGGCACGCAAUUCAGCCAGGCGGUAUUCGUCUGCGACUGGUGGUUCAACGUGAGAUGCGAGCUCAGUCCGAAGCUCUACGCCAUCAACAGCCGACUUUACGGUACGCCUACCGAGAGUCCGACCAGGCCUCAUCGACUGAUCACGAAGGAGCUCCUGGAGAAUAUCUUCGUGCGUAGGAAAUGAAGAGGCGGAACACGCGAUACGCGCCUCGAAACGUGUCAAGCGGAAAUAAUAUGCGAAAAGCGCCGCGAGUCUUGCAAAUGCACGCGAGGUAUCCUUUUAUCCUCUUUAAAAUCGAGAGAAAGAGAGAGAGAGAACCGAUAUUGUAGUCACUUAAUUAUUCCAUUAUACCGCUGAUCGACAAGCCAGUGUGAGUCUUGUGCCUGGGCUCUAUCACGACUGCGGAAAUACUUUCACAGGAAACGUGAAUUCGAGACCAUCCCAGACGAAAUAAUCAUCGGCCGCGAGGAAAACACGCCGGCGCGUUUAACCGGGACAAUAUCGUUCGAAUAAUUUCACGGAUAUCGAAAGAUCGUCGCGAGUCACUCGAGUCACAUUCCGAAUCGGGGGAUUAUCGGGAGGAGAUCGAUCUUUGUCCAAUGAAUAUCGAAGCGACCAGCAAAAACUAGCUUCGAGUAAAACCAGGAGGAUGCUGAGCAGCGCUGUGUCAAUAUAAUAAGACAGGAACCGGAGGUGGUCUUUUGUUUGCGUUCACCUUUCCACACCCACAUCUCGAUACGAUCCUCAAUACGGUUUCUUAAUCGUUGACGAGAUCCCGUCUGAGCUACAGCUCUUUUCUCUCUGCCGGCGUUUUUACCAAACGAAUGUCAUCGACGUUUCUCUAUCGCGCGUCUCGUCGGUGGAUAAGAAACAUCGGGAAUCGAUCGUUAUGACGGAAGUACGAGAGCCACGUGCCAUCGACACACUUGCGUAAAAAUCAACCAAUCACGUCCGUCGUGAUCAAUCAUCAAAUUCGGACGCGACGUAGCUAAUUAUGUUAAUCUAGAAAUAGAUCAAUCUUGACAAAGUUCAAUCACUCUUUAAGCUUGGAGAUUAAGUCGGUAGUUUUCGUUGUAUAUUGUCAGAAAUGAGUUCUUAUACGCUAAAUUGUGUGCUACAAAAUAUUGUUAAAAUGUUUCUGUAAAAAUUAUUCCGAUUGCAAACACACAAAGCAUUUUUAACCGAAAAUAUUAUCAACUUGUUAAUAUUGUUAUAUGAAUCGUUGAAUGAAAUAAUGAUGACUACAAAUGAAUAAAAAUUUGAUAGUUCUAUAUAUUACUUUUUAUACACAAUUAUGACAAAACACGUUAUUAUAUAGAAAUGUUAUUAUAUGCUGUAAAAAAAUUCGCUUUUCACAACUUCACAAAAAUAUUACGAUUUAUUGUUAUAACUUAUAUUAUUCAUCCAACGAUUCACAGCGCAAACAGUGUAAAUUUAUUUUUUACAUAUACACGUAUAUUAAGAAAAAUAUAGGAAAGGAAUUAUUUAAUUCGAGUAAUCGUUGAACAAUAUAAAAAUUGUAUUGUUUUGCAAAAUAUCGAAUUUUUGCGACAAUAUAAAUUUUGGUGUCUGUUUCAAACUGCGUCAAAAGGAGAAUCAUUUUGCGCGUGUGCGAUAUCGAGAGGGCGUAAAAGUUGAUGCUGCCCGAAAUCAAUAGCCGAUAAUACAAUUGUAUGUACACUUUUUGAUUGUGAUGCCCGAGCGAAGAACGACAACGGCAAGCUUGCCGGCAAUUAGUAAUGGCAUGUUGUGCGAUAUUGUUGCAAUUUGCGUUUCGUAGAGUUCUGAAAAAUUAUUGUCGCGCGACGAAUUCUCGCUAUAUGACUAAUAAAACGAGCAUAAUGCUCAAAUUUAGUUAAAAUUGCGGGCUGCGAUUUUUUAAUUCUUUUUAUUUCUUCGUCUUCAUCGUGUAGUAAAACCGGUAGAUAAUAAUCAUCCUCGAGACAAUCAACCCUCGUGUCUCGAGUACGCUUGACUUUCGUAGUGUUAAUUAAUUGUUGCGAUUGUGAACGAGCGAGCGUACAUGCGUAUGAUUUUGUGUUUAACGUCGCGUUCGCGUUUGUAACGUUUGUUGUAAGCGCUUUUUGCAGUGGAAUGAACAACACAUGUGCCUUUACCUAAUAUCUUCGCGCCUUGUAUAUAAUAGAGUUAAAUCAUACUUGUCUACUACUAAGCGCAUUACAUGCUAAUUUUAUUCCGUAGCACUACAAACUUGUUAGUAAUUUUGUGUCAAAAAAAACCAAUCAAUGAAUAAUAAAAAAAUUCCAUGUUUUUAUCAAAAUUCUAAUAAGCGCAAUCGAUGACGGAAAAAUGUGCGAUUAAAAAAGGUUUUCUUCUAGAACUCUUAAUGGAUAAUUAGUUAUCUUCAAUUCUUUGAUAUCCAACGAGGAAUGUAAUUUUCAUAAACUCCUGGACGUUAUGCAAGAAUGCAAUUACUGAAAUUUUUAUUUAAUAUAAGAGAAGAAGCUUUUCCAGAAGGAAGUUACGGUAAAUGAGUUCAAAAACUUUUUGACAGGGUGUAUUUAUAAUGAGAGAUGCCGACCUUUGCCAAUUUAUUAAUGAGAAACAGUUAACGGAGAGACAAUUUCAGUAAAACUAAAGAUUAAUUCUUAAACAAGUGGCGGGAUUUAAGCCGAAAAGUUGAACAGUCGCACUUAAUUUGAUUAUAAGAAAGGAGGGAAGAAUACCUUAUUCGUUCGGUUCGCGGUUUAUACAUAGCGCGAUUAAAUAUGCGUUAUUAAUUGACAGCGGAUUUGAUCGAUUUUUAUCUGUAAUCGCGGUUUCAGACAACGUGGGUAAAAUCACAUUUAACUCGAUUUACGUGUCGCGUCAACCACAAUCAUUGACGCGAAAGCAAUAAUAAAAAAGGACGCGUAGCGAUAUAGUCUAAUUUGAAACGAAAUUCAAUUCAGUUCAUUUCCAGCGUUUAAAAUCUGCGCUAUUGAAAGAUGUGUCCUAAAGGCGAACGAAAUGAUUGGCGUUUUUUUAAUUAUUAUGCACGCAUUUGACGAACAAUUUUAUUUCUAAGACAAAAAUGGAAAAAAAAAUUAUUUCUUUAAACAAAUUAUUAAAUACGGUAUUUUACGCGCUGAUGAGACAAUAAACGUGUCAUAAUCACUUCUUCAAACUUAAAAUUUAGACGUGAUAAGAAAAUCGAUGAAGGAAAAAAAUGCGUUAAGACAAUAUUAUAUAGUUUUUCCACAGACUGAGAGCGUCUUCAUUUUUAUAUAGAUUGAGAAUUGUUAAAAAAAAGUUGCCAAUUAUAUUAAUUUGAUAACGUUAGCGACGAGUCACAACCGAUUCAAUCUCCUAUACAUUGUAUGAAGAAUUUUAUAUAAAAUAUCAGAUAUCUAUGUUGCGUUAAAUGAACCGCAAGUUGCAUUUCGCGAAAUAAUUGGUUUUGUAUCAGAAAAAAUUUUUUCCACAAACUGAGUUAGUGCGGCGCGAUGGUAUGUUUCGAGGUUUUGUCUCUGUGUCUGUUUCAAUUUUAUUUUAUCUCCUCCGCCUCUCUCUUCUCUUUCCUCUUCUAUUAGAUUCGUUUCGAAUUGCGCGGCCGGCAUUUUUCAUACUGCGUAUGUACAUCCGUAGACGUCCUCACAAUUAAAUAAUCAUUAAUUGUCGCACGUCGCUCGAGAAAAUAUCUGGUGUAUUAUAAAUCGUAUGAAAAUAUCACGAUAUUUAUUAUUAGAAUUUUUUAUUUUUGUAAUCGCGCGAAAUAUUAAUUAAAAAUGACUGCUCUACUCCUCGAAAAGUUUUCGCCUCGAUUUAUAUUUCGAUUAUACACAAUCUUACGAGCGAGUCUGGCAAACGCGAUGCGCAGACUAGCAUAUGCAAUCUUCAGUUUACACGGA